GAUCCAUUUGAUGACAUUGGUGAAGACUACCGAGAAAAUUUAAAUGGCCAACAAAGAAAAUAUCUCACUGAUCAACUAAAACACAUCAAAGUAGAUCUGCUAUGCGCCGAGCUUUUUGAAUAUAUUGUUCUGAAUUUAAGUUACCAGUCCACAAACACAGAAGACAGGACAAAUUGGCCGAUUGUGGAAACUUUGGAAUCCUAUUAUGAAAGCAAAAAUGAAAAUGGCGAGAUUGCUGGCCUGGAUCAGUUCCCAAACACUCUCUUAAUGAGUCAUGCAGUUGACACUUGGAGGACCAUUGCACAGUUUCACAACAAACAACCUGUGCAAGGCUAAACCUAAACAAAAUGAGAAAUCAGGGAAUAAAAUAGAAAAGAAAAAGUUAUGGUGUGGGAUUUAGCCAGAGGGGGAAUAUAGGAUGGUAAUAAUUAGUGUUGAGUUUAUAUAUAUCCCAUAUUAUAUACUGACUUCACAUGCUUUAAUCUACAGUCGUAUAACCAAGGAACAAGAAAAUUGUCCAUAAUAAAGCAUAAUAAUAUGAUUAAACUACUCCUAUACCAUAAAAUAAACAUAGUUGGCCAUUGACUUUGUGGAGCUCAUCUGUUUUUUGUUAGAUUUGUUUUAGAAAAAGGGGAGAUAUCAUAUCAAUAAGGAAUAUUAUAAUUUUUAUCACUAAGAAUAUAUAUUUAAAGAUAUAAAAGUAUUAUUUAAAGCUAUAGG